GCAUUUCAAUCCAUACGUUUAGCUGUGGCCUAGCCUUACAACCCACUGCCUUCACCCUUACAACAGAAAUCUCACCUUUACACGUCAACACGGUUUCUAAGUACAACUUUCCAGGUUAUAAUCUUCUUCAAGACACAAAUUGUUUCAACGAUGCCACCAAAAUCGGAUAAAAGUAAGAAAACGAUGAAAUUUGGGAGUAGCAAGACGAACCCAUCCGAUGCUAGGCCACCAAGAAUGAGAAAAGUUUUCAAGAAAGAAAAUACGUCGGAAGUCAAUAACCAAGGUUUAAGAGAAGAGGAAGAGGAGCCAUUUGGAAAUGCUUGUGUUAUAUGCUGUGAAGAUAUAGAAAUAUUUGCGAAAGGAUCUUGUGAUCAUGUUAUUUGCUACAAGUGCUGCAGUAGAAUGAGGGUUUUAUGUCAGGAAAACUACUGUGCUGUUUGCAGACUUGAAUUGAAUCAGAUAGUGUUCAUGGAAAAGAGCCUUCCAUUUGCUGACAUGAUUGUCAAUAAAAUGCUAUCAAAUUUAAAAUAUGGUAUCUUUUUUGAAAGCAUGGAAAUCAAAAAGAAAUUUCAAGACUUGCUUCUGAACAAAUGCCCUCUUUGUGAUGAGAAGAGUGCAAGAUUUGAGGAUCUGCGACGUCAUGUAAGGCAUAAGCAUGAAAAACAGUAUUGUGACAUAUGUCUGCAAAAUCUGAAAAUUUUUCCAUAUGAGUUUCGUGUUUACACUCGUAGCGAGCUGGUAACACAUAGGAAAUCUGGAGACUCAGAUGAUAAAUCUUAUAAAGGCCACCCACAAUGUGAAUUUUGCAAUGAAAGAUAUUUUGAUAAUGAUGAGUUGUUGCUACAUCUGAGAAAGAAUCACUUUUGGUGUCACUUUUGCGAAAAAGAUGGAAAACAAGAAUACUAUGAAACAUAUGAAGAUCUGAGGGCCCAUUUUCGCAGUGAACAUUUUCUUUGUGAGGAAGAUGAAUGCUUACAUGAGAAAUACACUUCAGUGUUCAGAACAGAUAUUGACUACCAGGCUCAUAAACUAGGAAAGCAUAGUAAAAAGCUUACAAAGAUGGCAGCAAAGCAGGCAAGACAAUUGAAUGUGGAAAUCGAUUAUGGGACAAGAAAACAAUACCAACAAAGACUUAAUGGUGAAAGGCGAAUACCAAGUAGGCAAGAACGAGCUUCGAAAAAAGUGACUGUGAAUAAAGAUUCUGCAGAGGCAAAUGUUCCUUCUGAUGAAGAAUCUGAUGGCAUUAACAAGAAUGCUGUAAUUUCUGAAGCAUCUAGACAGAAUGUCAAGUCAACAAGUCCUUUGAGUGCUGAUGCAACGCCAUUUCUUCCAAGCAGCCAACCAUCACAAGCAAAUAAUGAUGUGGAGAAGAAAACAAAGACCAUGGCUGAUAGGAUCGGGACUCAUUCUAAGAAGUCUGAGCCUUUAAGAUCUAAGUCAAAAGGUAAUGUGGGUACACAUAGGAGUAACCCAGAAGGAAAACGUUAUGAUGCUGCAUUUCCACCUCUUGGUGAACACAGUGGAACUGGUGCACAACCCAAAGAUUCCUCUUCAAUGCGGCAACAUAAUGGAAGCCAAAAUGUUGUUAAUGGUAUUGAUCAAAGUGAUAAAAAGAAAGCCAAAGUAAUGCAAAAGCAGAAAUCAGAUCAUGUUGAUAAAAAACAGACAUCGGAAAUGCAAAAAAGUGUCAAACCUCCACCUGGAAUAAACAGAGCAUCAUCAGGACAGAAAAAGGUGCCACCAGGCCUUUCAGUGGGAAACUCAGAACCACCAGUAACUAAGAAUCUACCUCCAGGAUUCAGUAAACAAGGGCUUUCAGUGGGAAUCUCAGAACCUACAGUAACUAAGAAACUACCUCCUGGGUUCAAUUCAGAAAGCAAAGUGUCAAAUAUUGAGAAUUCAAACCCUGAAGAUGCAAAAGAAAGAAAUGCAGCUUUGGUUGGUUUGAUAAGAAGUUUACUGAGCGAGGAAAAUUUUGCCAAAUUUAGGGAACUGAGUGGAAGUUUUCGAAGGUCUGACAUAACAGACACUGAAUAUUAUAAAAGUACGCAAGACCUUUUUGGUAAAAAUCUGGAUCUUGUUUUUAGUGAACUUGUUGAAUUGCUGCCUGACAAAGGAAAACAAAAACAGUUAUGGAAGAUACAUAUUGGCAUGCAAAUGUUCCCAAUUCUCACAAAGGGGGAAGAAAUGGGUCAAAUCAGAAAACAUGCUGUUCCUGCAGAACCAAAGUCAGCCUGGACAGAGGCAAAUGGGUCAAUACUAAGUGAGAGUAGUAGAAAGAGUGACAACAAUGCUACAAAAUCUUCCGCAGAAGCUGCUAAUCAGCCUUCCUUAGCUGUAAAGAAGCGACAAGAUAAGGAUUUUACCACUUGCAAAGAAUGUGGAGAAACUAUAACGCGAAAGGAGGUUGCAAGUCAUAUGGACACUCAUAUUGACUCUGACUUUCCAGCUCUUCCGUCAUUUUCAAAGCCAAAAAAACAUCCUUCUUGGCAGCAAAGACCUGCUCCAGUUAUUCACAAUUCAUGGGCGAAGUAGACUUUGUAAAUUAUUUUCAAAGUUGUGCAUAGUGAAUAAUGAAUAAUUCAAAGAAAAUUAGAUAUGUUCAGUCAUUCUUUUGCUCUAUGAAA